UUUCCACACCAGUAAGACCACAGCGAUGCUGCGGCUGCUGGCGCGGAGCAGCGCCGCCGGGCGACGACGUCUUGUUCGUGGAAUCGUAUGUCCGCACGAGGCAAACAUCCUUUGGAAGCAUCGCGCUGCAUUGCAGCCUCUGUCUUGUCGGCUGGUGCAUGCCACGGCACCAGUGUCACGAACAGAUGCGAUCGAGCUUGUCUACCAAAAGAAGUCGCCGCUCGAGCAUGUCCUGCUACGGCCAGGCAUGUACAUUGGAUCUGUGGAAUCGACAAAGGAAACGAUGUGGCUUUGGAACGACGAGGACAAGCGCAUGGUCCAGCGCAGCAACGUUGAAUACACCCCUGCUGUGUACAAGAUCUUUGACGAAAUCCUCGUCAACGCUGUCGACAACAAAGUGCGCGACGACACCAUGUCCCGCAUCGACGUGACGAUCCACCCUGGAUCGUCCUCGGAGCCGCCGCGAAUCUCGAUCUUCAACGACGGCAAAGGCAUCCCCGUGCAAUUCCACAAGCACGAGCAGGUGUACGUGCCAGAGCUAGUGCUGGGCCAUCUCCUCACGGGCUCCAACUUCAACGACUCGACGGCGCGACUCACGGGCGGCCGACACGGCUAUGGCGCCAAGCUAACCAACAUCUUCAGCACAGAAUUCACGGUUGAUACGGGCGACGCCCAGUCGGGUCUGCAGUACACGCAAACGUGGCGCCACAACAUGCGCGAGCGCGAGGACCCUGUCGUGGUGCCUUACAAGGGCCCCAACUACACCCGCAUCACGUUUGUUCCAGACCUGAAGCGGUUCCACCUCGAUACGUUGUCGAGUGACAUGCUCCAAGUUCUCCAUAAGCGAGUGGUCGACGUGGCCGGGUGUCUAUCCAAUGUGUCGGUGUCGCUGAAUGGCACCACCGUCCCCGUGUCCGGCUUUGAAGAGUACGUGCAAGCGUAUGGAUCGACCAGCUGCGCCGACGACGCACCCGACGGCAGCGCGCCAGACACGCUGUUCGCCAAAGUCAACCGACGGUGGGAAGUUGCUGUCAUGCCGUCCGAUUCGGGGUACUCCCACGUGAGCUUUGUCAACGGGAUGACAACGACCCGUGGUGGGACCCACGUCCAGAUCGUGCUGGACCAGCUCUGUCGCCGCAUCGCUGACACGAUAGCGGCGCGGCACCGCGACUUGCCGCCGCUGCAAUCGUCUCAAAUCAAACCGCACGUCCGAGUCUUUGUCAAAGCGCUGGUGGAAAAUCCCACGUUUGAUUCGCAAAUGAAGGAGUGCCUCACGUCAAAACCCGAAUUCUUUGGCUCGAACUGCGUUUUGACAGAGCGAUUUCUCAAGCAAGUGGCGACCUGUGGCAUUGUCGAGCGCGUCGUCGGCGCGCUCAAGACCAAACACCGCAACGCGCUGCUCAAGAAAGUUGCCAAAAAGUCCACGACGGUCCAAGUGCCCAAGCUCGAGGACGCCAACUGGGCGGGCACUGCCAAGUCGCCCAACUGCACGCUGAUUCUAACCGAAGGGGACUCGGCCAAGGCGCUCGCCGUGGCCGGGCUGAGUGUCGUCGGCCGCGACACCUACGGUGUUUUUCCCCUGCGCGGCAAGUUCCUCAAUGUCCGCGACGCCACUGACACGCAGCUGACCAAGAAUGCCGAGUUCAGCCACCUGUGCACGAUCUUAGGUCUCAAGCUCGGGCUUUCGUACGACACCCCUGCUGAGCGCGCGACAUUGAGGUACGGACACGUCAUGCUCAUGACGGACCAAGAUCACGACGGGAGCCACAUCAAAGGGCUCUUGCUCAACUUGUUUCACACGUUUUGGCCGGCACUGCUCGAGGCCAACUACGUAAGCGCGUUCUUGACACCGCUGCUCAAAGUCUAUCCGUCGUCAACGAAGAAGAAGGCGCCGAUUCCGUUUUUCAGCGUACCCGAGUACGACCAGUGGAAGGCGGCGAAUCCGACGAUCAAGCACAGCGUCAAGUACUACAAGGGGCUCGGCACGAGCACGUCAAAGGAAGGGAAGGAAUAUUUUCACGCAUUGCACAAUCACCGCGUCGAGUACACGUGGAUCGACGACGGCGACGGCGACGCGCUUGCCAUGGUGUUUAGCAAGGAUCGCGUGGCCGAUCGCAAGCAGUGGCUUCGCCAGUCCAACCCGGCGGACUUUGUGUUUGAACGGGUGGCCGAGAUGCGUCUGCGGCAAUUUGUCCAUGCCGAGUUGAUUCAGUACUCGCACGCGGACAACACCCGGUCCAUCCCGAGCGUGAUUGACGGCCUCAAGCCGUCGCAGCGCAAAGUGCUCUUUGCGUGCUUUCGCCGGCACCUGGUUGCAGAAAUGAAAGUCGCCCAGCUCGCGGGUUACUGCGCCGAGCACACGGCGUAUCACCACGGGGAAGCCUCCCUCCUAUCCACGAUCGUCAACAUGGCGCAGGACUUUGUCGGGUCCAACAACGUCCCGCUCCUCGUCCCGUCCGGACAGUUUGGGACGCGGCUCCAAGGCGGCAAGGACGCCGCAAGUCCGCGGUAUAUCUUUACGUAUUUGCAGCCGUAUACGCGACUGAUCUUUCCCGCGGCCGACGAGCCGCUCCUGGACUACGUCUACGACGACGGGGCGCCCGUCGAACCGGUGCACUAUGUUCCCAUCCUCCCCUUGUUGCUCGUGAAUGGCGCCGACGGCAUCGGGACAGGGUGGUCGACCAGUGUCCCAAGCCACCACCCGAUUCAAGUAAUUGACGCUCUGCUGGCGCGCCUGAGCGAUUCCACCGCACCCCCCCUCGCGUGCGACCCGUGGGUAAAAGGAUUUCGAGGGCACGUCAUGAAAAAGGACAACGGAUUUGUCACGGAAGGCGUCGUUGACGUCGUGCACGACACAAAGAAGGCAUGGACGCUUCGGAUCUCCGAACUCCCCGUCGGCAAGUGGACCGACGAUUACAAAGCGUUCUUGUGGGGGCUCGUCGCGGCCAAGCGAGUCAGCACCUUCACCGAGCACCACACGGACCGCACCGUGCACUUUGAAGUCGUUGUGCCGAAACCAGACAUGCCGAGUGACUCUGGCGCCGACGCGACGGACUGGACGAAGUGGUUCAAGCUCGAAGGAAACGUGAACACAACCAACAUGCACGCGUUCGACGCGGCCGGCGCGCUGCAAAAGUACGUGUCGAGCACCGACAUCGUCGACGCGUUUUUCCCCGUGCGCCUGGCAUUGUACGAGCGGCGAAAAGUCCAUCUCGUCGACAAAACCGCGCGCGAACUGCGGCGCCUCGACAACCGCGCGCGAUUCAUGCAAGCGAUGGUGUCUACAGAGAGUCCGCUGCGCGUGUUGUGGGGCGCGCGACCGUCGAAAGCCCAAGUGGUCGCGCUGCUGCGCGCCGAGGGAUUCGAUUCGAGUCAUGCGAUUUCGAACGACGGCGGCGCCGACUCCACCGACGAGUGCGACGACGGAUUCGACUAUUUGCUCAAGACGUCGUUCCUCCAGUUCACGGACGAAAACACAUCAAAGUUGUUGGGGGAAGUCGAAGCCAAACGAAUCGAGCUCGCCCGCCUCGAUGCGACUUCGGCUGUCGAGAUGUGGCGCGUCGAGCUAGAAGCCCUCAAGGCUGCGUUGCUCGCGGCGGACCCGCAGUACCAAUCCGCGGCGACGACAUAACUGUCCAUGAAAAACAAUAUCAUGGUGGUCA